AGUCAAAUGUAGUCACGUGAUAUCGACGCAUGGCGUCUGGCGUCGGCUUUAGAUUAGGACGGUUUUGUCGAAAGAACAUAUUUCGUUGAACGUUAUUGCGAAAGUACGACUCUACAAGACGGGUCACUGUGCCACAGUGGACGAUGAAUUGAUGACGCCAAGAUGCAGGGAGCUGGGCGAAAAAAAUUGGUGGAACUGAAUCCCCAUUUGACGUGCGUUCUGUGUGGUGGCUACUUCAUCGAUGCCACUACCAUCAUUGAGUGUCUCCACUCGUUCUGCAGGACGUGCAUAGUGCGGUACCUGUGGGUGCACAAGAUGUGUCCCGUGUGCGACGUCCAGGUGCACAAGACCAGGCCCCUGCUCAACAUUCGGUCGGACCAAACCCUGCAGGACAUUGUCUACAAGCUGGUGCCAGGACUGUUCAAAAAUGAGAUGCGCAGGAGAAGAGAGUUCUACUCUAGGUUGCCUGAAUCUGCCCGUACAGCCCUCCCGGCCUCCAGCGAGGAGCGGGGGGAUGUCCGGGGAGUGGAGCGGCUCAUCUUCGCCCCAGAGGACCGCAUCAGUGUCUCCCUCGAGUACAGCGCACGGGAUGUCCUCCCCAUCCGGCCGCUCCUUGUGGGUCCCACCGAGGUUACCGAGGAGAGUCCCCCGAGCAGUCGUCGUUACCUGUGCUGUCCCGGUGGCUUCACGGUGGGCCAUCUCAAGAAGUUUCUGAGGGCCAAGUUUGGACUGGCAAGGGCCCACGAGGUGGACGUGAUGUAUGUGCACGACCAUCUGCUCGAAGAGUACUCCCUGAUGGACUUGGCAUACAUCUACUCUUGGAGGAGGAACGCGCCGAUGCGGCUGCGAUACCGGUUCCCCGACCUGCACACCUCUUUGUCCACCGAGUCCCGGGACAAAGAGCUGGUUCCCACAGCACCCAAUGAUGGAAAGACUAUCGUCAUCGCCGCACCGAGCAGCGCCCCCUGUCCGCAGACAACUGAAACUCCGCAGCCUCCAAGCCCGCGACCAAACUCCAAGCCCGCGGCGUUCCAGUACAGCACGCCGAACAAACCCGGUGCAAAAACCCCGACACCACCGCCGCAACUCCCCAAGGCAGCCGUGCCCCACCCAGCAGCGGCGGCGACGACGCCACCCGCCCGAAAAAACGGAGUGGUCGCUUCGAACGGCGUGCACCCUAACUUGAGGCACAUCUUGCCGGCGUCAGCAACAGGCGUGCAUGCCAACUUGAGGCACAUCUUGCCGGCGCCAGCAAAGACUCCGACGACGAAUGGCGUAGGCGGUUUCACGCCGAAGGCGACAGAUAAAAACAACCGCGUCACCGCCACGGUGCCGGGUGGCAUAGCGGCGUUGUCGGUGGCGCCAGCGGAGCGACGCCAGGACGAAUCACCCGCUGCCAAAAGACCGCACUUGGACUCUCGGCAGUGCAACGAGGCCGUGGCCUCGUGACACCGGCUGAAACGGGGGUGUACAUAACGGGGUGGGAAACGUGUACAAAGGGGAUUUCUGCGCCAAGCGUGGUGUUGCCGCGGCAUCCGAGGGAAGUUCCAUUGUCAUUUAAGUUAUUAUUGGUUGCAAUGCUACUACGGUGCGUAGCGACUUUCCGGCCAGACAGCCGGCCCUAGGUGAGAGAGAGUUUAAUUUAAGUGUAGUACCGAGUCACCGUGUGUGCCAACACCGGAAAGAGUUUGGUGCGGCCAUUUCGUGGCGAAGGUACGUUUUGAAAAGGGCGGCUUUGUCGCAAGACCUUAACCCCCCCUGUCAGAUUUGUGACAAGUGAGGAGCCUUAACCUCUAUUUUUCUACCCAGCAUGGCAAGAUUGCAAAAAGAAAGCGGAAGUUGCACUAUAUUUUCGUAGCGUGCUACAUCACCUGUAUAGCGACUUGUGUACAGCUACAAGUGAAUAAAAUCUUCGAUGCUGUAUGGCACUAUCACACUUUCAAAACCAAAUAUACUUUUCUUCUCCGUUC